AUACACGUGUCGUGUUCGGAUUUGAGCGCAAAAAAAAGAAAAGACGUCGAUCGGGCUGGAAUUGCAGGAAGUUUCCUCAGCUAACUGUCCACAUAUUUCAGCACACCAGUAAUUUAUUUGCCAGGACAUCGUUUAUGUAAUCAGUCCAGUCGCGGCGGAAAUUUAUUUCUAUCAUCUAUGUUCCCGAAAAUCAUCAAUUCAAUUGACUUGUUGCUGCCUCCUGACAGCGCCUGCGCGGGAGAACCUGAAACUUGAACGCAACGCCCUUUUUCGCGACUGAGUGAAUUUUGCGGAACCCUUGAACGGACGAAUUCUAAGAAUCUACACAUUAUUUUAAUAUUGACAUAUUCAAAUUAGGGUUGCGCUCCGGUGAUUGGCUGCGCGCGUAGAGUGGGCGUGUCCACACAUGUAAACUUAACAACGGUAACAAACUCCCGCUUCUCAGUUGCUACGCGGCGGUUUGGUGUCGAACGUACUUGGACUAUCGAGUUCAUCCCUCUUUGGAUUUCUAGUACACUUUAAAACGGUAUUCCCUAGUUAUGGACUUUAACAACUAAACAGCGUUCGAGGUGCUGUCGUCGAAGAACGUUUUUUGUCUCUUUUAAUAAUUAUUAUGAAGUCUGAAACAAUGUUGGACAUUCCUGUGGAAGAAUUGUAUUUGGAUUCCAUUAAAGAUGCUCAUGACAAAAGUGAGAAAGAGCCCUUUGAAAAGCAGUACCAGAUGGGCACACUCCUGGGAAGUGGGGGCUUUGGCUCUGUGUUCGCAGGGCAGCGCAUCUCUGACGGUCUGCAGGUGGCCGUUAAACAAGUCUCCAUCGACAAGGUUCAGCAUUGGGCCCGACUGCCCAAUGAGCCCAGACUGGUUCCCAUGGAGAUUGCUCUACUCCUGCGGUUGGGGGAUGACAAGACAACGGGCCCCCUGCACCGCGGAGUGAUCCACAUGUUGGACUGGUUCGAGAUGCCGGGGCAGUGCUUCCUGAUCGUGUUUGAGAGGCCGCAGCCGUGCCAGGACCUGUUUGACUUUAUUACGGAGCGUGGGGCCCUGGAGGAGCCCCUUGCACAAAGGUUCAUGAGGCAGAUAGUGGAAGCCCUGCAGUUCUGUCAGGCGAGGGGUAUCGUGCAUCGGGACGUGAAGGACGAGAAUGUGCUGGUGGACACCCGCACGGGAGACAUCAAAAUCAUUGACUUUGGCUCUGGUGCUAUACUCACGGAUGCGGUCUACACAGACUUUGAAGGCACUCGAGUGUACAGCCCGCCAGAAUGGAUACUGCAUCAUCGCUACCAUGCUCAGCCACUGACCGUCUGGUCCCUGGGGGUGCUCCUUUUUGACAUGGUGUGUGGAGAUAUUCCCUUCGACAAUGACCAUGAAAUCGUGCAGGCAAAACCAAGCUUCACUAAGCGCAUUUCUAAAGAAUGUCAGUCUCUAAUUCACUGGUGCCUGGAAUUCAGACCAGAGGAUCGGCCAACCUUAGACCAAAUCUUGCUUCAUCCUUGGAUGGACGCGUCAGAUGACUGUGGUGACUUGCAAGAAGGACAGAGUAUUAUGUCAAGCCUAUGAUGUGUUUUAAGGAAACUUCACUUGCCUUAAAAGUUCUCACUCAGGUUUAGUAACUACUCUGAGCAUCCUCUCAGUUCUGUUUUAAUGAAUUGAUGUGUCAUACAUAGGAUUUUGAUGUUGAUGAAGACACUGUCAGUUUGUAAUGAUAUACAGUACUCAGGCACCUCUAACUGUGCUUCAAAAGGUUUACAUUCUCAAAAAAGUGUAUCCGAAGUACAAGAGAUGAGAGAACAGAAAUUGAAGUUUUUAGUAUUUAUUGCUGACUAUUUAUUUGUGUUCAAGGGUAGAUUAUUUAUUGAAGUUUAACAAAUUGCAAGGCAUGUGGAAGUUUCUUUGACCAACUCCAAUGCAUCAAAAGAUUUGAAAACACUUAGAUUAGCAAAAACGUGCAUAAAAUGUCAACACGGUGACCUGGUUUUACAGGUUAUUUGAAGCAGUAAAGUUUCGUAACUAGGUUACAUGUGGAACAGUGGCUAUCGUAUUUCAGUAUGUCCCUGUAAGGGGAUAGGAACCUUACAAAACAAACAAAAGGGGUUUGCUUCAUCCACUCUUCAGCAGCUGGAUAAUUUGGUUGUAGGCGGAGUGUUUGAACAGUAGAGUUGGACUUCUUCUGUGUGGACCAGAUUCAGUCGUAUGAUUCUCUGCACCAUGCUUUGGUUAUAGAUGUCUCUUGUAGAACUUGGGACCAAACUUGAGUGCCUUUUGUGGUGUAGGGAAGCUUUACUUUUUUGUGAAGUGUUAUGGGUCCCCCAUCGAUUACUGUGGUAGCAUGAAUAACAAGGAUGUUUCCAGCUUUGUUGUGGACUUCUUCCUAAAGGCGCAGACACAGAAUGUCACCAGACAAGACUUUCGUUUGUGGCCUUAAUCAGUUUACAGGAAAAUAAUGCUGGAAUGUGUUAGUUUUCUCUGAAACGCAAGUGAAACCUGUUAUUUGCGCCUUGAGGAAAUUAUUUGUGAGCCAAAAACAGCUUUGUAUUUCAACCAGUGGUAAACCAUACCUAAUGUGUCCAAAACUGGGUGAUCUACUCUUAUUUUCUUUGAAUCUGUAUACUGGAAACUGGACCUUUUAGGCCAUAUGAAUUUGUUUUUGACAGUAUGUUGAUGUUGUACUGGAUUGGGUUUUUUUUUCCCCCCUUGAAUGUGCAAUUGGUUAUUGGAUGUUGUAUUACAGGCAAUGUCCAGGAUAUGCUGUCUUCAUACUCAAUGUAAGACAAAGAAUUUUUUAAACAUACAAAGUAAAAAGAAAUUUACUGAAUGAAAGUAUAUAAGAUGGCUGUAAUCUAUUCUGGUGUCAUCAGAUUAAGCUGAUACUUU